UCUGGUGAUGCGGAGGCCAGGUCUCCAGCAGGACCCACAGACGGCAAACUGGCUGAGGAGGCCCUCCACCUGCCAGGUGCCCUCUGCCCAGCCGACAGACAGCAACCCACCGGCCCGCUUCUCGCCUGAGACCCUCUCGCCGACAGACACAGCCCCGCCCCCAUGGCCCGGCCCCUGCCGGUCACAUUCGGUUGCAUCAGCCUGCUCUGCCUGCUGCUCCCAGGCACACUGUCCCGCGGCCUGGGCGGGAGCCAAUGGCCUGCCCCGCCUAGGGAGCCCCCAGCCUGGGCCCCUUCCGGUGGCCUGAAGCCGGGACACCCUGCCGUUCAGCCUGUGGUCUGGAAGCUACACCAGGCCCUCCAGCCACAGAGGAGCGCCAACCGAGCCCCCGCCAUGGGUCACCCUCUCCGGGGUGGCCCCCACCGACACCUGGGCCCCCGCAGGUCCCGAGCCCAGCUCCUGAGGGUGGGCUGUGUGCUGGGCACCUGCCAGGUGCACAACCUCGGCCACCGCCUAUGGCAGCUGGUUGGGUCAGCCGGCCCACGGGACUCAGCCCCCGUGGACCCCAGCAGCCCCCACAGCUACGGCUGAGAUGGAGCAGGACAGACCUCUGUCUGUCCCGGCCAGGAUGCCACCCCCCAACCCAGUCCCAGAGCUGCAUCUGGGCCCCCCUGCCCCCACCCAGCCCCGCGGACUUCCUACAAACACCAAUAGCCAUAACAGUGUGCAGGCCCCCAAGGCAACUCUCGCCCCACCCCACACCCACCUGGUCCUGUAGUAAGCAACCUUGACCGGCUUUGGACAAGGAAGGCCGUGCACAUGGGUCGACCCCAGCAGGUCUGCAGGCAGAGUCUGGACUCAUGAAAGGGGCUUCAGAGGGGAGGGGCAGCCCAAGGAUGUGGGGCAGGAUACCCAGGGCCACGCUGGGCCAGCACAAGGUGGGCCAGUGUGGCCCCUUCCCCGGUGGUCUGGAGUCAUCAGAUUAGGCCCAGGCUUUGGGCACGCGCACUUGGCCUGUCCCAGGUGCCCAGCCUUUCCAUUCCCUGUGCCCUGGAGACUGGGAGGGCAGCAGGAAGGAGGACCCCCUGUGGUCCCCAUCCCCAGAGCCUGAGUGAGAGAGGACAGGCCAUGUCAAAGUGGAGACUUCCCCCCACCCCCCCCCACCCCGCCU